AAGAAGUAGUAGCCCUUUUUGGAGCACUGGCUACAGUGGUCUUUUAGAGCUUCUUGGUAAAUAUACCCUUCUCUCAGAAUGGGGAAAAAAUGUGAUCUCAGUGAUUUCGAACGUGGCAUGAUUGUUGGUGCAAGACGUGCUGGUUUGAGCAUUUCUGUAACUGCUGAUCUACUGGGAUUUUCACGCACAACAGUCUCAAGAGUUUAUUCAACAUCCAGUGAGCCGCAGUUGUGCGGACGUAAACGCCUUGAUGAGAGAGGUCAACAGAGAAUGUCCAGACUGGCUCGACCUGACAGAAAGGCUACGGACCUUAAAGAAAAGAAACCGGUUGAGGAGACAGAAAAUGGAAAGGAUGCACCAGCUAAUGGAAAUGCGGAAAAUGGAGAUCAAGAAAAUGAAGUAGUUGAGAAAGAAGAGGAUGUCGGUGAGGAAGAGGUUGAGGAAGAUGAUGGAGAAGGUGAUGAUGAUGUUGAAGAUGAUGAGGCUAAGGGUAGCACAGGCAAAAGAGUGGCUGAGGAUGAUGAUGAUGAUGAUGAUGAUAAUAAAGAUGAUGUUGAAACUAAGAAGCAGAAAACCGAUGUGUAAGAAGCUACUCUGCUGGAGUCCAGCAUCCGUGUACACACACCUAACUGCAGAUUUUGUAGAAACAACCAAGACUUUAAAGCUCUACCUUCUUACAAAAUACUUUGAAAGGAAAAAUGUGUUUGUAUUUUUAUUUAAAUUUUUGUACAUUUUGUUAGGAGGUCAGCCAUCUUUGACCGUGAUCUCUGGUGACCAAAUGGUGCUUUGAUUUAUUGCUUCUCUAUGAAAUAGAAUUUACUUGUGGUUUGAACAUGUCAUGUAAUCUCAAAAGAAACUUGUAAAAAAAGAAGAAAAAAUAUGAAAAGAAAAAUUAUGGAAAACCAUACAAAAAAAAAACUUUAAUUCAAAGCAUUCCAGUAACUUUGUGUAUGUGCAUCAGUUGUAUCAAAUGUAGUAAAUUGCUAUCUAUUUGUGG